AUGAAAUACACCACCCCCUUCCUCUCCCUCCUCACAACUCUACCCACCGCCCUCGCCCUCUCCCCUGCCCCAGCAGACCCCCAGCGCAUCCUCCCUCCAAACUGGUCCUUCACCCUCUCCUCCUUCUUCGGCCCCGGCUGCCCCGACACCGCCAAAAACACCUCCUCCUCCUCCUCCUCCCCAAUCCGGCUUACGCGCCCCACCCACGGCACCAACACAAUCGACGGCUCAGAAAUUUACUACUGGUUCAUCGCCUACCCCUGGCUGCGCGUCGAUCUCGCCUCAGGGCCCCGACAUACCUGGUGCGAAGCCACCGUCUCGUACAAAGAGUUUGCGGAUGUGACCGGGAAGGACGAGGCGGAGAAGUACAGACUGAGGGUGCAUAAGAACGGGACGAAGGGGUUGCUGACGUAUAGGCUUGAUGAGGGAGUGAGGGUGUAUUGGGAUUUUGCGUAUUAUGAGGGGGAGGGGGUGGGGAGAAGGGAGGUUGCCGAUACGAUUGAUCUUACGGGCCCCUUGCAAUCCGGACAGCAUGCUCAAGAGCAUUAUUCGAAUAUUAGUUAUCCGCCGCAACUUAUUCCGCAGACGAAAUGUGGGAGUGGUCUUUUUACUUUUCGGACGGAGUUGUGGAUGAUGGGAGAGACGGGGCAGAUGGGGGUUGUGGAGAGCGAGUAUGAGGAUAGUGUGGAGUUGGGGAGGCAGUAUUAUGGGACGCAGCAGGGGUUUAGUUAUGAUUGGGAGAAGUGUUAG